CUCGCCGCAUGAUUUUCCUCGUCGCCUCCGGCAUGAUCUUCGGCUUUUUGCUCCCCGCCACGCGCGCGCUCCUGUACGAGGACGGCGGCUCCGCCUUCGCCGUCGUCGCCGGCGGCUUCGCCUUCCUCUCCGCCGUCGCCGUCUUCGUCGAGCGACGAUGUCAUCUCCGCGCCGUCGCCGCCGCCGACCCCUCCGCGCGGUCCCACGUCGCUCGCGCCGCUCGACUCGCCGCCGCUCGACUCGCCGUCCCCGCCCCGCGUCCGCGUCCCGUCGACGCGCGACCUUCGCCUUUGCCCUCGCGCGCGUGAAAACACUUCAGACUUUUUUUCCCGCCAAAAAGCGAGUCGACGUCAUGGCGAACGCGUCGCGCGUCAUCGCGUCACUCUCCCGCGCGUGUCAUCGCGCUUCGCGCGCCGCGACCGACGCGCGCGACGCGCCUCGGACGCUCGCGUCGACGACGCCCGCCCCUUCGCGCGUCGCGAUCGCGCGUCGAAUCGCACGCGCGAUCGAUUCGAAUCGAUUGUUUAAACAAUCUUAUCGCGUCGCGUCGCGAUCGCGAUCGCGCGGCGCGACGCGAUGUCGAGCGCGCGCGCGACGACGCGCGCGACGAUCGCGUCGAGGUCGGUGACGGCGAGGCGCGCGCUCGGCGCGAGGGCGGCGCGAAAGACGACGCGGCGACGCGCGAAGGGCGACGAGGCGACGACGGCGGAGACAGCGCUGGCGGCGACGAAUCCGACGGAUAAAAAGUACGUCGCGUUGAACGGGGUGAAACUGGUCGUGGACUUUGAGAUGCACUACGAGACGAAGUUUGGGGAGACGGUGUGCGUGCUGGGGAGCCACGAGGCGAUGGGGGCGUGGGAAUUGGAGCGGGCGACGGCGCUGGAGUGGCACGAGGGGUCGGUUUGGAAGCUGAGCGUGGAGUUGCCGGCGGGGGGGGUGUUCUUUUACAAGUACAUCGUCAAGGGCGCGAACGGUGAGGUGUUGCGGUGGCAAGACGGAAGUAACUCCAUGCUCGUGCUUCCGGAGAGCUGGAACGUGCCGAACGGAUCGCACUACCUCGUCGAGGAUAACUUUGCGGGCGUGCCGAACGAAACGACGGAGAUUUCCGAACACUUGCUCGCGGGUAAGCUCGUGGACGCGCAAGGCGAAAAGACGCAAUUGUUGCAACAACUCGAGGUGCAAAAGACGAUGACGCAAACCGCGCUCGAAGAACUUUUGCUCGCGCGCGAAGAUCUCGCCAGAGCGCAAUCAAAGUUGUUGUCGGCGUCUUCCGAAACCGCCGCCUACGACGUCAACAAUGGCAACCAAAACGGAUUCUCCCGCUAA